AUGACGACAUGCCAAGCAAUAGCCCGCGGUCAUUCCAACGCCGAGGAUAUGCAUAGAUCGCUCAAAAUACUUGCGUUAUUAGAAAUACACUUCGAUCUGCGAGUAGCAGCUACGCAUAUCAAAGGUGUCGACAAUAGCGUGGCCGACGCGAUAUCUCGUAACGUACCAGACGAAGCUCGCAUCCUACACACACGUAAAAUUACUCUCCCCUUUGGUUCAGAUAGGACCACACCAGCAGCCUACGAUCACACGUCAGCCUCAUGGCCCCAUAUGGCCGCGCUCCACGAACUGCUGCCACAGGUCUUAGCGUACAGCGGCGAUAUCUUGACUUCAUCUUCCAUAUGGGAUGGCUAA